CUUCCAUUCCACUUCUUUCUCCUUCUAGCCACCUGUUCCCCGCGCAUUGUUGUAAUAAUCAUUUCCAAGCGACACCAAAGCAACCGGCAACCAUGGCGGAAGAGGUCUUCACACUGCUCCCGCUCUCCAUUGAUCCGGUGACCAAGGCCAUUUCCUCGUCCGAUCAAAGCCUUGCCGGCGAAAUCGCCGAACUGAACCGCCUCGCCAAAGCCUUUACCCAGCUCGAGACCCCGAACCAAGUCACACCCCCGCCUGCGCCUGUCAACCCCAAGCGCAGUGUGCAAAUCACGAAGCUCAAGGACUCGGGCAAUGCCUCCUACAAGAAGGGCAGCUAUGGCGACGCGCUAAAGAUGUACGACCUCGCUAUCAAGAUGGCUACGGAGCGACCGCCUUGGGAAGCCUCUGGCCUGGUCAGAGAAGAGCUGUCGACAUUAUAUGGCAAUCGAUCACAAGCGCUGUAUGCGCAACAAGACUGGGCCGCGGCCGCUGUCGAUGCCGAGAUUGCAGUAGAGAUGAAGCGGAUAGGCAAUGUCAAGGCAUGGUGGAGGAGAGGCAUGUGCUUGAAGGAGAUGGGUCGCGUGAGUGAGGCGUAUGAGUGGGUGAAGACGGGUCUGGAGUUCGAGAGAGCUGGGCCAGAUAAAGCCAGCUUGGGCGAGCUGGAGGCAUUGCUACGGGAGGUCGAGGCAGCAGCAAAUAAGAAGUAGUGCUGAUGCGGACUCAACAACACUACACACAAUUGCGGUCUGGCGUGCGAGACGUUCAAUACAGCACCCAGGCGGACCUGGUCUGGGCUAGCCGUUCAGUAGGCGACACGCACGCCACGUGCAACGACUGCUUUCAAAGGAUCAGCGUUCAGCAUAGGGAGGAUUUGCUUCAAACGAGUACAGCGAGCGGCAGUGCCUUAUCCGGGGCAUGGACAGUCUACGGCCAUGUCGCUGCGCAGACUGCUGCAAAGCAAACCACGAUUUGACAACAGAACGAUGAGUGCAUCUACUUGGAACAUGCAUCGGCACAUGUCCGUACCCAAGUAGCCGGGCAAGCUUCGGUUGCAGCGUUGAAAUAUUCGAGGUGGAAUGCGGUACUCUCGGAGCGCGAAUGAUAAUUGUAAUAUCUCACGGACGCCUGUCCUCCACAGAGGUGAAUGGUCAGCAGUAUGGGUUAUGAGUGACAAUGACAGCGCUUCUCAGUCGUCGCUCUGUGUCUGCGAAAUUGUCUCCCUCGUUGUGACCACAGAUCGCAAAAUCACCAAUUCUCGUCCGAUGUGUGUCGACGCCUCACCUCAGCCUCUUGUUGUUGUGUGAACUGUUAGCGAGAAAGUCAACCUCAGGC